GCGACGCAUACCGUUAUUCACAUUUCUGAGCAACACCAUAAAUACAAAUAAAAUAUGAUAAUAGAAUAAAAUAUUAAACUCAUUACUACGCACGACAAAAACGCAGAAUGUAUUUAAUACAAUGUUUCAGAGCCCCUCAGCUUUUAUAAUGUUCGUUGGACCAUAAUAUGAGAGAUCUCCGUCUCUUCUCUGGAGCCUGGUCACAUGCGCGCUUGGGAAUAAUGGCUGCACAGGAACCCUCACCACCAUCUUCAUUAGAAGUCAACAAACCUGGAUUCCCCAAGAAAAUACUCGCCAACAAGCUGGAGGACAAGCAUCUGUGCAAUAUCUGUCAGAAAAUCCUUAGGAGACCGUUUCAGGCGCAGUGCGGACAUCGUUUCUGUUCAUAUUGUUUUAAUAAAGCAGUGAGCUCCGGACCUCAGAAAUGCAGUGCCUGUGUAAAAGAAGACAUUUUUGAAGAGCCAACGUCAAUAUUAAAACAGGGCUGUGCUUUCCCUGAUAAUGCUGCCAAAAGAGAAGUUGAAGCUCUAGAAGCUGUUUGCAUCAACGAGGAAUGUAGUUGGACAGGCACCAUCAAAGAAUACGAGGCAAACCAUGAGGGAAAGUGUGACUUUAGGAUCCUUCCCUGCCCAUCAUGCAAAGAGCUUUUGAGAGCCAAUGAACUUGAGCGUCACAAUGAAAGAGAAUGCCCUGAAAGAAUUCUGAAUUGUAAAUACUGCAAGGAGCCUUUUCAUUUUAAAAAUAUUAAGGCCCAUGACGAGAUAUGCCCUAAAUACCCAAUGAUUUGUGAAGGCUGUGCCAAGAAAAAAAUCCCCAGAGAGAAAAAGAAAGUCUUACACUGGGAUGGUAUGAGGUAUGUGGACCACAUUAAACUGUGUACCAAAUUCAGAACACCCUGCAGAUUUCAUGUUGUAGGCUGUGACAUGAUGGUGGAAAAGGAGAAGAUCCACGACCAUGAGCAAGCCUGUUCCUACGAGCACUUGAACCUCCUAUUGCACUUCAUCAUGGGGAUCAAGGUGAACUUGGAGAGUCUGCAGCCUCAGAGUCUGGAGUUGGCCAGCCACAAGAUCCAUGAACUGCAUCAGUCUCUGUGGGAGCUGGAGCUGAAGAUAGGUCAGCUGAGUGGAGUGUGGGCUCCCGUGCAGGGGGCCUGCGCACCGUUGCACCCACCACCAGCUCCAAAGCUCGGUACAUCUUUCACCCCCCUUCCUACUGCCGUUGGGGCAGCCUUGGAGCUGCAGCUGCACAGCGAGAAGACCAAAGUGGCAGAGCUCAGCCGUCGCUGUAAGGAGCUGGAGCUGAAGAUAAGCACCUUCGAGAACAUCGUGUGCGUGCUGAACCGUGAGAUGGAGCGCUCUGCCACUACCAUGGAGGCCUAUAACCGCCAGCACCGACUUGACCAAGACAAGAUAGAGAUACUAAACAACAAGGUACGGCAGUUGGAGAGGACGGUAGGCCUAAGGGAUCUCUCCAUCGUGGAGAUGGAGGCAAAGAUGAGGGAGAUGUCUGCUGCCACCUACGAUGGCGUCUUUGUCUGGAAGAUUUCCGACUUCUCAAAAAAGAGACAAGAUGCUGUAGCUGGACGGGCACCAGCUAUGUUCUCGCCUGCAUUUUACACAAGCAAAUAUGGCUAUAAGAUGUGUUUGCGCAUCUAUCUGAAUGGGGAUGGGACAGGACGUGGUACUCACUUGUCUCUGUUCUUCGUGGUGAUGAGGGGACACAGUGACGCCUUGCUCAAGUGGCCAUUCAACCAGAAGGUCACUCUCAUGUUACUGGAUCAGAACAACAGAGAGCACAUCAUUGAUGCCUUCCGACCAGAUAUCUCCUCUUCAUCCUUCCAGAGGCCUGUCAGCGACAUGAACAUUGCCAGUGGCUGCCCACUCUUCUGCCCUCUUUCCAAACUCGACUCCAAAAACUCCUACAUCCGAGAUGACACUAUCUUCAUCAAGGCCAUUGUUGACCUCACAGGCCUUUAAGGUGUAAGAUGUUGCUGCUCUACCAUGCUCCUUUCUCCAGCGUGUAGUGUUUCCCAUACAGUACUUUUUUCGGAGGCCUGUUCCCUCAGUCCAAGCUCUUUGCUGUGCUUGUGUGAGCCCAAAGAGACUCCAGGACCCAGUGCAAUACUGCUUUUGGAUUGAUGCCACUCUUCAUUAUGUACCAAAAUUGUUCCUAGAGUUUGUGCAGAUCUACUUUAGUAUAGUUGCCCUGUGGGAAAUCUCUCUCUCUCGUAGUGGGAUAGCUGUCAGCCGUGAUUGUAACGUAACUACUUGCCUGUGCCACAGAUGUGGCACCUUGCCUUUUAUAGAGAUUGAGAAGACUUUCCGCAAAGACAGACGCCAUUUAAUUUCCGAGCACCUUUCUUGUGUUGUAGUUGCUAUUUGGGUUCUUUUUCCUUUCUUAGUGUUCAAACUACUCGUAAGUGAAUGUUUUGUGCGUAGACAGACAUGAAGUCACUCUUACGAAUGACGUUGAUGCAACGGCAUAGUUAACUUGUUUCACAAUCUAGCAACUGUUACUCUUAAGUAUGCGCAUCAACCGUCUUCUGACAUUCCCUCUUAGCAUUGUGUGCCUCAGAUGUUUCACAAGUCCUCUUCUCAUUGGUUUUCUGUAGUGGUGGACAUUGCUUGAAUUCCCUGGAGUCCAAAGUGCAGAAUUUGAGUUUUGAUAGCUGCUUGUAAGUGAGGAGUUGUGUUUAAAGGUGUGAUGUGUUUUUGGCCUUCGUUUCCAUUUUUGGUGUUCUUUGAUGUAUUUGUUUGCAUGUUGGAUCUGUGGAAGAUACAUUCAAGUUAGCAACAGACCAGGUGUAAACCCUGAGCCCGAGAAGCGAAGGCAGUUUUAUUGUAAAUCACUGUUGAAGAAACUGACUAAAUCAUGCUGGGGUUCAUCCAGUUCUUUAAGUUAGUUCAUCCAGUUCUUUAAGGACCUCUAAUCAUCAUCAGCCCAAUGUGGUUAUACAUGAACAAAAGAUGCAGCCUUUUGCAUAAAGGUAGUGUACGUAGGACAGAUAACCUCGUGUGCUUUAUUGUGACAUGGUAAGGCUGAUGUUUAUUAGCAUUUUGAUGUUUUCCUGUGUUUUGGAUGUUCUGUUGAUAUUGUGCUGCUUUGGGCGAACGUGUAACUGAUGCCAUUUAAACGAUAUGACUUGCUUUGGAUUAUGUCGAUCAGUAUAAACCAAGCAGGUGUUUGUCAACUCGUAGUUAGUGAUUCCUGUCAUCUUUAUCCCAGAAAGACUGUGGAAUUUGCAUGUGCUAGAAAAUGAGGAAUAUAAUUGCCAUACAAUUUUGAAUAUAUCCUCAGUCCUUAAUAGACAGUUCGAUGCAUCCAUGAGAUCAUUUGAUGAGAAGAUUUUGUUUAUCUGCAACCAGAGAAGGCAUUACUAAAAUGUAUACAAUGCAUAACUCAUACAUAAGGGCUUUUAGUAUACAGUAUGUCUUCCAUGUGAGCUUUACGGUCUGAUUAUUUUCUUAAAUGCAGCCUGAGACACUUUUUAAGAUGCCUUCAUGCUAACAAAGCAACUGGACCCAGCCUAUUUUCAAACCAGUUCCCACGGAUAUUAAAACAUCUCUGUGCACGAGAUGUUUUGAUAGAGAAGAAAAACAGCAUAUUGUAAAUUAUUGGUUUACUUUGUAGACCAACAUUUUAUUUGUAUUGCUUUACAUUUUUUAUCUGUUGAUUGAGAUGCAGUAUAUGAGAUGCAAUAAUUGUGAGUGUGGUAUAUUGUUUAUUUAAGUAUAAAUAGAUUAACUAAACAGCAUACACAGUUUUUAUGACUGGUAUAGCUGUGGAUAUAACACAUAUGAAUCAUAGAUAUAUUAGAGAUUUAUAUUGAUACUAUAUGUACUAUUUCCUGUUGGGAUGGUUUCAAAAUGUGUUUGGGCCCAUUUUGGGCUUUGGUAAGUUCUUCUCCACUUUGGCAGCAUCUUCUGAAGGAAUUCAAUUUUUAAAAAUCUUCCGGGUUUUUCUCUUUCUUAAGAACCUGUCUACAUUAAUAAAUCUCACCAUUGUAGAUUUUCCCAGCUUGCUUUUUGCCCCAAAGAGAUUUCAACAUAUUUGUGAAUAGUUCUACAGAUGUGACGCAUCUGUAGCAUAAAUGUUCUCUGUACAUAGCUUUAGCUAACAUUGCAUGUGGCAAGGGUGUUUGUAUUGUAAUUCAUGUAAAAAAUAUUCUUUUUUUUUAUUUUUAUUUUUUUAAGUAGCUCUCACAUUGUAGAAGUACACACAUUUUAGUACAAUACAAGUGUCCUUCCCAUUCUUGAAUGUGAAAUCUACUUUUGCAUUCACUCUGUCUGGGCUUCAGAGUAUUCAUACACUAAAGAGGUGAAUAGGAAAUGCUUGACCUUACAUGGGUAAGAGUCCCUUUAUCUGUAAUAAGUUAUUUGACUCUUACUUUAGUUGUGUCUUUGGAUAAACAUACCACUAGAGAUUUGAUAUUUUUAAGUUUUUGCAUACAGUUGAGAUUAAAACUCACAGAAAAAAAUACUUUAUGGAAUCCAGGACUGAAUUUUUCUUCUUCUUCAGCUGACUAAUAUUUGUAUAUACUUUUUUAUUUCUGAGGUUGCUUUAAUUUCAUAGAGGUUGCUUUAAUAAUCAAAAUAUGUACGCAAUGUUGUAUGCCUUUUCUGAUGGUGUUUCAGUGCCACUGAUCUUCCUGAUUCUGUUUUACAGAGCUAGAGAGAGUUACUGUGAUGACACUGGGUUUCUUCUGCAAAUUCUGGUAGUCGAUGUGCCAAGGAAGUAACCUCUGUGUGAUUCCUUCUGUGUUAUGAUUUAACCCUCAAUGAAAUAAAAUAAAGU